AUUGUUUAACUCAACGUCAGGACGGCAGGACCUGCCGUCUGUUGUGAUGUGACAGAGGUGUACAGUGAUUGAAAAUUGUAGUUUAUAUUAGUACGUUAACUUACAGUAGCUUGACGUGGAUGGAAAUGUAAUUGAAGCUGACGGCUGUCCUACGCUAACCUUAGCUGUCCCGUCAGACUUGACGACGAAGGAAACAACGAAAGUGUUCGUUUAUGUCACACGGAUGAAAUUAAUGCUCACUGGCGAAACGUCUGUGUUUUUCGAGAGGACAGAAAUGUGUCUUGUGGACUUGGACGUCUGGUCGAAGAGGACAGAUAACAAGGACUAACGCCUUCAGAUAAACAACAGUCCUGUGUUGACAUUUGUGUUGCAUCCUUGAGAUUUUUUGAAGCUAACAGUGACUGUUGACUAGCUCGCGGAUGUUGGCUAGCUUUAUAGGUUGCUACAGCCUGUAUUAUUCAGAUAGACGCAGUUUAAAUUAUUCAUUGUCACCCAACAGGGUAGCGCUAUUUCCAUAAUAUUGCUGUCAUGUUUGCAGAGACCUGCUAUGGGCAGCAGCUAUGACGCUAGGUGUAGCCACACGGUUAUGUCACUGUCAGGCUAACAGAUAGCUCGGUGUCUGCAGCUGCUCUAGUCUUUGCAUGGUCAUGUCUAGCAGGCUUGGCAUCAUGUAGACUGUCCCUCUGAACAGGUUUGGUGACUGGGGACGUACAGUGUGUUAGUGAGCCUCCAUGGUGAGUAAUGCAAAGCUGGAUUGCAGCUAUCCAACUGGGUCAAAGACUGACAGCUGGCACUGAUACAGUUUAGCUCAGGAUUGUUGCUAGCCAUGCUCAAAGCCGUCUGCUCUGUGUGAUAUUACAAACAUCCCAACCUAGUUAGAGGGCAUGUGAAUGCAUCAUGUCCCGACUGCAUCUCUUAUUUAUGCAAUAAGACACAUCAGAGCAGCCUGUCAUGAAAUAAAACCGCAGUGCAAGAAUCAGCAUCAGGACUGAGUGGAUCAUUUGCUCCAGGAUUAUUUUCUGACGAGGAGAGCAACAUUCAAAGCUGCCCACCACAGUGCCCAGCAUCAGCUGGACCAUCAGCCCAUUACGAUGGAGACAGUGGGAGAUUUUGAGUACAGCAGAAAAGACCUGGUCGGACAUGGAGCCUUUGCUGUGGUGUUCAAAGGAAGACACAGGAAGAAGACGGAUUGGGAGGUGGCCAUCAAGAGUAUUAAUAAAAAGAACCUCUCCAAGUCCCAGAUCCUUCUUGGCAAGGAAAUCAAAAUCUUGAAGGAGCUUCAGCAUGAGAACAUUGUGGCACUUUACGAUGUCCAGGAAACGCCCAACUCUGUUUUCCUGGUCAUGGAAUACUGUAACGGAGGUGAUCUUGCCGACUAUCUGCAAGCCAAGGGGACCCUGAGAGAAGACACACUGAGGGUUUUCCUCCAGCAGAUAGCUGCUGCCAUGCGCAUCCUCAACAGCAAAGGAAUCAUCCACCGCGACCUGAAACCCCAGAACAUCCUGCUGUCAUAUGCGGGUCGCAAGAAGUCCAACAUCAGCGGCAUCCGCAUCAAAAUAGCUGACUUUGGCUUCGCACGGUACCUUCAGAGCAACAUGAUGGCAGCCACGCUAUGUGGGUCACCCAUGUACAUGGCCCCGGAGGUCAUCAUGUCCCAGAACUACGACGCCAAGGCUGACCUGUGGAGCAUAGGGACAGUCAUCUACCAGUGUCUGGUCGGCAAGCCACCUUUCCAGGCCAAUAGUCCCCAAGACCUGAGGAUGUUCUAUGAGAAGAACAAGAAUCUACAACCCAUCAUCCCGAGGGAGACUUCCUCCCAACUCAGUGACCUUUUGCUGGGGCUGCUGCAGAGGAAUCAGAAAGACAGGAUGGACUUUGACACAUUUUUCAGCCAUCCUUUCCUGGAGCCAUCGUCCACUAUUAAAAAAUCGUGUCCGGUGCCGGUCCCCAGUGCCUCCAACGCUGUAACGGACAGUUCCUGUGGCAGCUCCCCAUGCAUCCGCUACAACUCCCCUCCUUCUCUCCCAGACAUGCAAACUCUAGCAGAAGAUGGUUUGUCAUCCCCUCCACUCGGUCCGCCCAACUUCCUGCAGCUGUCCAAGGAGUCUGCAGGAAGCACCAGCAGCAAGAACUCCUCCUGUGACACUGAUGACUUUGUCCUGGUGCCUCACAUCUCUACUGACAGCUAUGACCAGCCAAUGGGAGUGGGUCGCCGGCCGUCCAGCGAGUUCCUCAUGUGUGGAGGGCAGCCACAGCCCACCACAGGACAGACCCCCAUGGUGUCCCCACGGGCUGAGACUACUCCGAUCCCUGUUCCCACCCAGGUCCGCAACUACCAGCGCAUCAAGCAGAAUCUCUCCAGCAGCCCGACCACCACGCUCUACAGCUCCCCCAGGUCUGGCACAGUGAGGCGCUCCAACACUAGUCCUAUGGGGUUUCCCAAGGUAGGCUCGGGGUCCCCCAGCUCUGCAGACGUCCCUCAGACAGUUGGUCGCCGCCUCUCUACAGGCAGCUCCCGGCCCUACUCCCCUUCACCUCUUGUUGGCACCAUCCCUGAGCAGCUAGGUCACUGCUGCUGUCACUUGCAGAACCACGAGCCUCGCAGCCGCAGCUCCUCAGGAGGCUCCCCUGUCCCGUCCUCUCAGCUCCUGGGGGCUCGUCUCCAGAGUGCCCCCACCCUGACCGAGGUCUACCAGACCAGGCAGAAGCUCCACAAGCAGCUGUCAGACCCCGUUCAGCCUUCCUCCUCGUCCUGCAGUCACUCCCCUCAGCUCGGCCGACCAGCCAACCUUGGCUCCUCCCCCACCAAACUGCUGGGCUCCUCCCCCCGCACGUCAGACUGGCUGCAGAAGUCACCGCUGCCCACCAUCAUCGGCUCCCCUACCAAGACCAUUUCGGCACCAUUCAAGAUCCCCAAAACACAGGCAUCCUGUAACUUGAUGGCACUGGCAGACAGCCCCGUGCCCACCAAAACGCUGGCAGAUGCCCGGGAUAUCUGUGCCCACCACUGCAGCCCUUACCCCUGUGCACGCCCAGCUGCCCCCGAGGCCAGCAGGACCUUUGGCAGGUCUGUUAGUACGGGUCGUCUGUCUGAGCAGCCAAUCAGAAUCACUCUGGGUGGACAGGCCUAUCAGGGCAGCACUGACAGCCUGAACACAGAGCGACCUAUGGACACAGCCCCUGCAGGUCCCACUGUGCUAGCUCAGGGUGGGUCAGCGAGUCCCCGCACCGUCCUUUUUACCGUGGGAUCACCGCCCAACAGCAGCACUCCACCAACCUGCAGCCAUCUGGGCACCCGACCACGAACCACCUCAGUGGGCUCCAACAGCUCGGCCGGCUCCCUGUGUUCCACCAGUGGUCGGGUCUAUGUUGGCUCUCCCCCGGGCAUGGCCAUAGGCUCCUCCCCUCCAGGAGGUUUUGGUGGUGGGCAGAUCAUCCCCGGGGCAGAGGGGGCACCAAGCAGCCUACGCUACGUCCCUUAUGGAACCUCCCCUCCCAGCUUGGAGGGAUUUAUCACCUUCGAAGCCCCUGAGCUGCCUGAGGAGACCCUCAUGGAGCGUGAACACACAGACACCCUGAUGCACCUGCGGAUGAUGCUCUCCUUCACUGACUGCGUCCUGGAGAUGGCGGCAGUUAGAGCUGGGGGGACGGAGCUUGGCGUGUCGGCAGCCUCCCUCUACCCUCCUCAGGACAGUGUGGUUGUUGACCAGAUAAGCCAGCUCAGCAAAGAGUGGGGGCAGGUGGAGCAGUUGGUGCUCUACAUGAAGGCAGCUCAGCUCCUGGCUUCCUCCCUCCAUCUGGCCAAGGCUCAGAUUAAAUCAGCCAAGCUCAACCCUUCCACUGCCGUCAAACAAGUGGUGAAGAGUCUGAACGAACGUUACAAAAGCUGCAUCUCCCUCUGCCGGCAGCUGACCGACAAACUCAACCACUUCUUCUCUGAUAAGCAGCGCUUCGUGGACGAGAUCAACAGUGUCACCGCAGAAAAGCUCAUCUACAAUCAUGCCGUGGAGAUGGUUCAGUCAGCAGCUCUGGAUGAGAUGUUCAAGCAGACGGAGGAUAUAGCCUACCGCUACAGCAAGGCCGCCAUGCUGCUGGACGGCCUGUCUAAGAUCCUACAGGACCCCACUGACAUUGAGAACGUGGUCAAAUACAAGGCCAGCGUGGACCGCAGGAUCUCAGCCCUCUGCUACUGCACUGUCACGCUGUAUGAGUAGCAGCCCACACACACACACACACACACAAACAGAGGGACCACGUCCUAAGACUAUUGACUACCAUCCUCACAAUCCUGCUGUUCCCUCCUGUAGCAGUUCAAGCACUUUUUCAUUUGAUAGGUUUCAUCUGUAUUUAUCAUCAGUUAGUUUUACUUGCUGCAUCACGGACUGAACUGUGAAAAGCGACUGAUGCGCAAAUUUACAACCAAAGAUGACAACGGAUCCAGAAACAAAGACUGAAACCGGAUAUGAACAUAAUACGUGCACUUUUAAGUGCUUUUUUAUGCCGUGAUGGUGGAAAACCAUCAGAUCAACACACACACACAUACACACACACACACACAUAUAUAUAUAUAUGUCCAUUGUUCAGGAUAUUUGUUUUUUUACCAGAAGAAUAAGAGGAUGGACAGGACUAUGAGAAAGUGUUGUGGGCUUCAAGAGACUUCAGCUCCCCAUGAAGCAGUACAUCUUUUUAAAUCCUGCAUACUAUGUGAUAUCAUUGGUUAUUUACUCUGUGUUUAAGUUGUUAUUGUUCUUAUUUAUUGGUUCAGAAGAACAUGGAUGUUUUUAAUCUCCUGCCUAUCUUGAAAACCUCAAGUAUUGGAGUAGAAGGAAAUGGAAGAAAUUAACAAAAGGCUUACGGCCGCUCACUGUAACAGAUCCUACUCAGAUGCUCAGAAACAAAAUUGAAAUCAAACACAAACUCCUGUUACACAAACUGAGAAACAGACAGCCAUGAGAGCAAAGGAACAUGUAGAUUUGUAAUUGCUUUAUUGUAGUUUUUUUUUAUGUGUUGUUAGCUCAAGCACUUUAUUGUGGAUUGAGAGGAGGAGACGUGUGUGUGUGUGUGUGUGUGUGUACAAGUUCUGAAGGUAGAAAUGUGAAGGCAGGGGAAGGCUUUCUAAUCACUCCUGCUCCCAUCUUCAUAACAUACCUGCUCUCUGACUCUGAAUCCCUGUGCGUGUGUGUGAUCGACAAGUCUACAGAAGUGCAUACAUCUCCCAUAAGGCAGAGGAACCAGUCAUGUCAGCCAAGAGACAUGGUCAAUUUUUAGGUCUUGGCUGUCAAAGAUUAAUUUAUAUGUUUGAAAGAACCUCUUUUUUUCUAGUUCAUCAAUUUUAAAAAUCAUAUAGUUAAAGGGACAGGACAGGAUGGUAGAUAUUGUCAAAACGUAGGGCUGGGAAGCUUUGAUUAGCUAAUUUAGUAUUCGUCUGCACUUGCCUUGCAGAGUUGUCACUAGUAGAAAAUCUGACAGACACUUGUCACAUGGUCUAUGUUCCUCUUGUUAAUCAUCUUUAUAGGAAUGUAAUGCACCCGCCGUGACUUGUCGACCAUACUGCUCACAGUGAGGAAAGGGUUAAGGUGACUUUGGGUGAUGGUGUCUUACUCUGCUCACAUUGUCACAUGAUCUGUAGGCUCAGAACUCAAGAAACUGAUCCGCUGCAGCAGUGUCGGGCCUUGUUUCCUGUCACUGCUGCAGUGCUGAGCAGCCAAUCAGGAGUCCACUUAAACCCUGAUGGAGUAAAUAGUGAAACUGAAUGGUUAUAUUACUUGACAAGUUACCUUAAUAAUAAGUUUGAUUUUUACUAAAAUACUACAGCUUUUUAUGUUUGUCAGUAUCUGUAGCUAAUUUUUUUAACAAAACUUGAUGUUUGCAAACUUGUAUAUAUUUGUAUGUGGUGCAUGUGAUGAUUCCUUUCCCCCUUUUUUCGGGAGGGGAGUGAAUGUGUGUGAGAUCACAGUUUGAGUUUUGGGCUAGUGCCCGCUUGUCAGUCAAAGAGCACAAAUCUUUAUAUGUACAUAGAUGAAUUUGAUACAUUUUAUUCAUGUCUGCCAAGGGUUUGCUAUAAGAAAAACCUAUUUUGGCACAACAGGGGUGUGCCAAAGAAUAAAACAAAACUCAAGGCAGCUCCAAAACUUUCCAGAGAACUCUUUGUACCCGGACUGUUCAUUGUUGAGAUCAAAACACACGCAUUUGUUCAGUGGGUCUUACAAAAUAUCUGUGAAAUGAGUAUGAUGUCUUAAAAGACAAAUGCGUUUUAGAUUUCCUGCUCAUUUCCCAAACAUUUGAGACUUGAUUUGUCACACUCUGCACUGCCUAGCAUCCACUCAGUCCCUCCGCCUCCCCUCAAGUCAUCUGCUGUGCAGUGUAUGUACUGUAUGUAUGUAUGAGUGUAUAUACACACGUGCACUUGCCAGGUGUGCAUUAAGGCCAGUAGUAUACAGUUCAUGAUGGAAAAGGAGGUGCCUUCUUCUUGUGAAAGCAGACAUACGUAGGCCUACUCCUCUGUACAGGUGUGAAUAAAUUCUUUUUCUGUGUAAAAAUGUGUAUAAAUGCAUUCACAGGCACCCAGCGGUCUCUGGGCCUGUUUCUCUGAUGUACUGUUCUUUUUUUCUAGACAUAUCUGGGGUUUCAGUUUCCCUCGUCCUUGUCAUGAGCACUCUGAACCACACAAAGCCUUUUACUGCACACAGAGUGAAGAGGGACAAAUAAAGCUGAUAGAAUCCCACCUGAAUCUUUGCUCUGUACCAUUUUUGUCUGUGGACUGUAACUGAAGAUGGUAUGUUUUAAAUAAAGCAUGGGUACCAAGUCUGCAUUUUACCCUGUAGAACCUCUAGAAUCUUGAAUGUAUGUACCCUGUCGUUUUAUGCGCCUCUCCAGCUUGUUCUGAAUGCAUUUUGAAGAACCCUUCCCUCAGUCAUGACCCCUCUCUAAACUGACUCUGAAAAUGCAACACUUUCCAAGCACCGUUUUUUUCAAAGAGAAAUGUCAAUGUUAUACUUGUGUCUCUCACUGAGGGGUGUCUCUCUUUUUGUUCUUUAUGGAACUCAAAUACAGUCUUUGUUAUUAAAAAGAGAAUAAAUGAAAA